GAAAGGUAGAGGCACAGAAGACAGACGGAGGAAGCGCACAGUAGGUCAGACUGUCAGAGAGCAGGAGUGGGAGUGUGCGACGUAGACGGGGAGAGUGGUGAGAGGUCCCCGGUGUGGAGAUGAACCCGUUUCGUGGGGAAGGAUAUGUCUGCAGGUUUUGUUCCAGAGUGUGUUAGUGUUUCGAGCAGCAUGAAAGAUUCAUGGAGAUGAAAAGUCUGGCUUUUAGGCAGGGAGGAGGGCACUCUGAUGGAGACGUUGGUGGGGCAGGAAUGGACUGGAAGGAGCUGAGGUGGUCCACAUCCUGUAGACUGACAGAUAUACAGCACGUUCAUGAAGGUGAUAUCACACAGAAGGGCUAUGAGAAGAAGCGAUCCAAGCUGAUUGGAGCCUACUUCCCUCAAACACCAGGAAUGGAUCCAUCCAUGGGCCAGGAGAGAAGAACACCGGUCACCCCCUCCUCAUCAUCCCGCUACAAUCGCCGGCGGUCGUCUGGGUCCAGAAAUGAACGUUACAGAUCAGAUGUGCACACUGAGGCGGUGCAGGCAGCCCUGGCGAAACAUAAAGAAAGGAAAAUGGCAGUGCCGAUGCCUUCGAAGCGGCGGUCUUUGGUGGUCCAGACCUCAAUGGAUGCCUACACACCACCAGACACCUCUUCAGGCUCCGAGGGUGAGGGUCAGGGGGAUGGGGAUGAGGAAGAAGGCGGAGACGGUGAAGAGGAGGAUGGCAGAGGUGGCGGAGGAACUUCAUCUAGCCAGGAGGGGAGCAUCAGCAUGGAGCACUGGAUCAGCCGAGCGAUCCACGGGACCUCCUCCACUACCAACACCACCUCGUCCACGGCCUCCUCCUCCUCGUCAUCUACACGCAGCGGAGGGAGCGGGGCGGCUGGCGGCAGGCUGGCUGAUGUACUGGCCCAGCACGUCCACAUCUCCGCUCAGCACCAUCACCGACACCACCAUCAUCACCGCCACCACAAGACAGAGAACCACUCUGCCCCUCCAGAUGUCACCAGCUACACCAACAACACCACGACCACUGACGGGAUCCAGGUGGAGAGAACCCCGGGUGCCGGCACCGCCCCCCAGAGACAGACCUCCAAGUACGGCAAUGCUGAGCUGAUGGAGACCGGAGACGGUGUUCCAGUCAGCAGCAGAGUUUCAGCCAAAAUACAGCAACUCGUCAACACUUUGAAGAGACCCAAACGGCCGCCCCUCAGAGAGUUCUUUGUCGACGAUUUUGAGGAGCUACUGGAAGUCCAGCAGCCAGACCCAAACCAGCCCAAAGCUGAAGGGGCCCAGAUGGUCGCCAUGAGGGGCGAGCAGCUGGGCGUGGUGACCAACUGGCCCCCAUCUCUGGAGGCAGCCCUACAGAGGUGGGGCACCAUCUCUCCCAAAGCCCCCUGUCUGACAACCAUGGACACUAACGGCAAGCCGCUCUACGUGCUCACUUACGGUAAACUGUGGUCCAGAAGUAUGAAAGUGGCCUACAACCUGCUGCACAAACUGGGAACCAAGCAAGAACCGCUUAUCAGGCCUGGAGACCGGGUGGCGCUGGUGUUCCCUAACAACGAUCCCGCUGCCUUCAUGACGGCGUUUUACGGCUGCCUGCUGGCGGAGGUCGUCCCUGUGCCAAUAGAGGUUCCACUGACCAGGAAGGACGCCGGCAGUCAGCAGAUCGGGUUUCUGUUGGGGAGCUGUGGAGUCACGGUGGCCCUGACCAGCGACGCCUGUCAUAAAGGGUUACCCAAGAGUCCCACAGGAGAGAUCCCUCAGUUCAAAGGCUGGCCCAAGGUGCUGUGGUUUGUGGCAGAGUCCAAACACCUCUCCAAACCGCCUCGAGACUGGUUCCCUCAUAUCAAGGAUGCCAACCAGGACACUGCCUACAUCGAGUAUAAGACGUGUAAGGACGGCAGCGUCCUCGGCGUGACGGUGAUGAGGAUAGCCAUGCUGACACACUGCCAGGCCCUCACACAGUCCUGCUCGUACACAGAAGCUGAGACCAUAGUGAAUGUAUUAGACUUUAAGAAGGACGUGGGACUGUGGCACGCCGUCCUGACCAGUGUGAUGAACAUGAUGCACGUCAUCAGUAUUCCCUACGCCCUCAUGAAGGUCAACCCGCUGUCCUGGAUCCAAAAAGUCUGCCAGUACAAAGCUAAGGUGGCCUGUGUGAAGUCGCGGGACAUGCACUGGGCUCUGGUGGCCCAUCGGGACCAGCGAGAAGUCAACUUGAGCUCCCUGCGGAUGCUGGUGGUGGCGGACGGUGCCAAUCCAUGGUCGAUUUCAUCUUGUGACGCCUUCCUUAACGUCUUCCAGACGAAAGGCUUGAAGCCUGAGGUGAUCUGUCCUUGUGCCAGCUCCCCCGAGGCUCUGACUGUGGCCAUACGGAGGCCGUUGGAGGAGGACAGCACCCCCCCUGGCCGUGGCGUGCUCUCCAUGCAGGGUCUGAGUCACGGCGUGAUCCGGGUGGACUCGGAGGAGAAGCUGUCGGUCCUCACGCUGCAGGACGUCGGCUCCGUCAUGCCUGGAGCUGCGAUGUGUGUGGUGAAGCUUGAAAGCGUUCCUCAGCUCUGUAAAACUGAUGAAAUCGGAGAGUUGUGUGUUUGCACCGUUGCUACGGGAACCUCUUAUUACGGCCUGGCUGGCAUGACCAAGAACACCUUUGAGGUCUUCCCUGUGUCCAACAACGGGACUCCCAUCAGCGAGUUUCCGUUCACCAGGACCGGCCUGCUGGGAUUCAUCGGACCUGCGGGUCUGAUCUUUGUUGCUGGCAAGAUGGAUGGCCUGAUGGUGGUCGGAGGGCGGCGCCACAACGCUGACGACAUUGUUGCCACGGCGCUGGCAGUGGAGCCCAUGAAGUUUGUCUACAGAGGCAGGAUAGCGGUCUUCUCCAUCACGGUGCUACAUGAUGAAAGGAUUGUGGUUGUUGCCGAGCAGCGACCAGACUCGACGGAGGAGGACAGCUUCCAGUGGAUGAGCAGAGUCCUGCAGGCGAUAGACAGUAUCCACCAGGUGGGGGUGUACUGCCUGGCUCUGGUGCCCUCCAACACUCUGCCCAAGACCCCGCUGGGAGGCAUCCACCUGUCAGAGACCAAGCAGCUCUUCCUGGAGGGGUCGCUGCACCCCUGUAACGUGCUCAUGUGUCCACACACCUGCGUUACCAACCUGCCGAAACCCCGGCAGAAACAGCCAGAGAUCGGUCCAGCAUCUGUGAUGGUCGGGAAUCUGGUGUCGGGGAAGAGGAUCGCUCAGGCCAGCGGCAGGGAUCUCGGUCAGAUCGAAGACAAUGACCAGGCAAGGAAGUUCCUCUUCCUGGCCGAGGUGUUACAGUGGAGAGCCCAGACCACUCCAGACCACGUCCUGUACACGCUUCUUAACUCCAGGGGUACGAUAGCCAGCUCUCUUACUUGUGUUCAGCUGCAUAAAAGGGCAGAGAAGAUCGCUGCCAUGCUGGCUGAACGGGGCCACCUGCAGGACGGAGACCACGUCGCCCUGGUCUACCCUCCUGGUAUCGACCUCAUUGCUGCGUUUUACGGCUGCCUUUACGCCGGCUGCGUGCCGAUCACGGUCCGGCCGCCUCACCCACAAAAUAUCGCCACAACGCUGCCCACAGUCAAGAUGAUCGUGGAGGUGAGCCGGUCGGUGUGUGUGAUGACCACACAGGUCAUCUCCAAGCUGCUGAGGUCAAAGGAGGCGUCGGCGGCCGUGGACGCUCGAACUUGGCCUCCCAUCAUGGACACAGAUGAUUUGCCAAAGAAGAAACCUCCUCUGCUGUACAAGCCUUCCAACCCGGACACCCUGGCCUACCUGGACUUCAGUGUCUCCACCACCGGCAUGCUCGCUGGAGUUAAAAUGUCUCACACAGCCACCAGUGCCUUCUGCCGCUCCAUCAAGCUGCAGUGUGAGCUCUACCCGUCCAGAGAAGUCGCCAUCUGCCUGGACCCGUACUGCGGCCUGGGCUUCGUCCUCUGGUGCCUUUGCAGUGUGUACUCCGGUCACCAGUCCAUCCUGAUCCCUCCGUCCGAGCUGGAAGUGAAUCCCGCUCUCUGGCUGUCGGCAGUCAGUCAGUACAAAGUCCGUGACACUUUCUGCUCCUACAGCGUCAUGGAGCUCUGCACCAAAGGCCUCGGCCUGCAGACCGACUCACUGAAGUCUCGAGGACUGGACUUGUCUCGAGUGAGGACCUGUGUGGUUGUAGCAGAGGAGCGACCAAGGAUAGCACUCACACAGUCUUUCUCUAAACUCUUCAAGGACCUGGGACUCCACCCUCGAGCCGUCAGCACCUCCUUCGGCUGCAGAAUCAACCUGGCGAUCUGCCUGCAGCCUCACAGGCUGGGAAAGCUUGCCGACCAGGGCACAUCGGGACCCGACCCAACGACUGUGUAUGUCGACAUGAGAGCGCUACGACAUGAUAGGGUCAGAUUAGUAGAGAGGGGAUCACCUCACAGCCUGCCACUGAUGGAGUCCGGAAAGAUCCUGCCAGGAGUCAGAAUCAUCAUUGCCAACCCAGAGACAAAGGGACCAAUGGGGGAGUCACAUCUGGGAGAGAUCUGGGUGCACAGCGGCCACAACGCCAGCGGGUACUUCACCGUCUACGGAGACGAGGCGCUGCAGUCGGACCACUUCAACUCCAGACUGAGCUUCGGAGACACGCAGACCGUCUGGGCUCGAACUGGAUACCUUGGCUUCCUCCGCCGGACCGAGCUCACCGACGCCAGUGGAGAGCGCCAUGAUGCUUUGUACGUGGUCGGUGCUCUAGAGGAAGCAAUGGAGCUGAGAGGGAUGCGAUACCACCCCAUCGACAUCGAGACCUCCGUCAUCAGGACGCACAAGAGUAUCACAGAGUGUGCGGUGUUCACAUGGACCAACCUGCUGGUGGUGGUGGUGGAGCUGGACGGCUCAGAGCAGGAGGCCCUGGAUCUGGUCCCUCUGGUUACCAACGUAGUGCUGGAGGAGCACUACCUGAUAGUCGGCGUGGUGGUUGUAGUCGACAUCGGUGUCAUCCCCAUCAAUUCUCGCGGUGAGAAGCAGCGCAUGCACCUGCGCGACGGCUUCCUGGCCGACCAGCUAGACCCCAUUUACGUGGCCUACAACAUGUAGCGCCCUCUGGUGGACGAUUCAGAGAGUCUGUGACAGAAGAGAAUGAAAGAGUUUGUAGCCCAAGGGGAGAAGGAAGUGGACAGCAUGUACCCUGAGUUUUUCCUCUCAGGCAGCGCUUACUCCUAAGCUAGCCCAGCUAGCUCCCACAGUUAUUAGCAUGGAUGAUGCUAGUAACCCCCAACCACCCCCAUUUGUGCCGAAUGUUUACCGAAUUGUGGCAAUCUUUUAACCGGUGGCGGUAGAGGACAAUCUUUCACAUUGCAAAGUUUCUGGCUUUUAAAACUACGAGUGGCUCGCUUUAUAUUUUCCUGUUGCUCUUUUUUUUAACGUCAUUGGAAAAGUUCAGGCUAUUUUUUGAAAAUACAUAAUACAAAUAGAUGUUUUGAUAAGAGCACAGAAUCUGAAGGAACCUGAGGUACGUCCGUUUCAUGUAAGCCUGGGUUUUUGUUUGUGUUUUCCAGUUAUUUUCUAAGAAACUGCCCCAUCUCAGCAGGGAAUCAACACGCUAACAUUCAAAUACAAACAGCUGCAACGUUUAACCAUUUUCCAUUAAAAUCAGCAGCUUCAUCUGAAGCCGAACAGUUAACUCAUAUCAUGUAAGUAUGUACAAAAAGAAACUGAUUUAAUUUAUUUUGUUUCUUGUUUAGAAGUAUAUAACAAGACAUUCAAGAAUGUUUUGUUCUUGAAUAUUUGCUAAUAUAAAGUAAAAAAAAAAAAAAAAAAGCACUGUACUAUCUAGAGUGAAACAGAGACUCACAUUAAGCAUUAUGAAAAAUAGAAAUAUAUAAUAAAAUUUUAUAUUAAAGACCAGUUAAAACUAAUAGUGGACAAAAGGAUUUUGUCUGUAUUUUGGUCUGAAAUGCGUUAAGUGUGUUGAAACUGAGUUUUAUUCCAGUGUUAAAAAGAACAGUUCUGACCCAAGAUAAUAUAAAAAACUUUUUGUUUAGAUCACUAAAUCAAUAUAUUCUGAGGGUAAAGAUAAAGUUUUUCCAACAAGUAGCGCUACAAAGCCAAAUUUCACAUGCCCUUUAGCUUGGAAAGGUUUUGAGUAAAAUGACCCAAUAGAAGCCUCUCUUGUUAUCUCUUCUAUUAUGUCAUUUGGUUUAAAACGGUUAAAAUUUACAAAAAUGAUUCGUUUUGGGGAAGGAAAUUCUAAUUUCGAGGGAAAUUUGGUAUUUCAGAAUAUUUAAAACGAAACUCUUCCAUGAAAAGAGACAUUACCUGACGCAGGACUUUGCUGCCCUCUAGUGGUGAUCAAGAGGAAUGACAACAGGUCUGUUUUCACUGGGAUAAAACUCCUCCUCCAGACAGCAGAACUGGGCCCGUUUUGUUUUCACACUUCUGGCUCUGAGAUGAAAGUUUUCUCCAAGUGUCAGGAAGCAGCGCUGCAGCUGUAAAUAUCAAAGUGAGGAGUCAUAUUUUUACACGGACAGAUCAAUCAGGGCUCGAACAAUGAUGUCACAACAAGAAUAAAAGUGUUUUAUCAGAGACCCUUUAACUCAUGAAAGAGCUGCAGAGAGGUCGACGCUUCGUUGUCUUCGGAUGAGAAUGUUCUACCAGUUUCUUUUUUAUGAUAAAAAGCACUUUCUUCACCGUUUCCUUUCUUUUAUCAAAAAUGUAUGUCCCAGUUUUUUUAAAAAAAAGGUUUUAAAAAAUGUCUUAUUUGAGU